CCAUCAACACUGGCGCCCGAAUUUGAGAUUCCAGCCUGAGCCAGCAAGCAUUAUCUCGUUCGUCUAGCACGACCAAUUCCCAGCAACAACCCGCAGCGGCCCCAUUCCACUCAGAACGAGCUUUACAGCGGAAAAGGAAGCUGCUUUGCGGAAAUGGAUGAAAUUGUGGGGAGGAUUGAGUUAGAGGACCCCGACGGCGGAGGAAACACGACCAGUAACAUGUCGUUGGCAGGGCAAGAUGAAACAGUGGAAGUCUUGACUUCAGCUGCGGACUCCCAGAAUUCGAUGGAGUCCCUCGAGACGGACAAUACGGAACAAGAGUCCCAAACGGAGACUGAAAACGCGAUGACAACAACCGACAAGGCAAGUGACCUGAAGGCGCUAUCUGCUGGCGACUCCGACGGCAACGCGGUAGUUUCUGAGCCUGCUAGUGCGGAGGAAGAUUCAGCGGGCGACGCGCGAACUGCUGGCGAGACAAGCGACGGGAUGAGCACGGAAGGUCACUCGAACACGGAGGCCUUGAUAGCCGGCUCACGGGAGCUUGAGCCCGGCCAUGGAGGGCGGCAGGAGGAGAGCCAAGCGGAGAGUGAAGCGUCGCAGGCUGCAGUCGCUCGCGAGGCGACAGACCCUUCGCAUGAAAGUGGCAGCGUCGCAGAGGUCGGGGAGACGGGCGGCGCGCAGAGUGAUGACGUGGGGUCUGGUGCGAAGGAGGGGACUAGCGACGCGGCGGAUGAGGAGAGGAGCAGUGGCCGGGCGGAGGAGGAAGGCGCUGACGGCGCUGAGCACGCGUGCAAGGUGGGAAACGCUGCCGAGGAAGCGCGCGCGUCGAAUUUCGAUAGUGCGAAUGGUGCUGUAGCUGAGGAUGUGACGAAUCUGAGCGACGCGACAGCUGAGGAUGCGACGAAUUUGAGCGACGCAGCAGCUGAGGAUGCGACGGAUCUGAGCGACGCAGCAGCUGAGGAUGCGACGAAUCUGAGCGACGCAGCGGUCCAGCCAGGCACCUGCCAGGAGCCAGCAAACGCAGCAGCAAGCACGGAAGACGCAAGCGCAGCUGAUGCCGAUGCCAACGCAGGCGAACAGGCCGUGGCCGAGGCCGAUGAGGAACCCGCAACCAGUGAAAAGCCACUGGCAGCCAUCGCGGCAGUCGACGAGGCGGCCGCUGUGGGUGAAGGCGCGGGCGCAAGUGCUGCCGGCUCCGCGGGUGAGGGCGCUCCUGCCGCUGCUUGCGCGGAGGCGGAGGGCCCAGUGUACGAGUCCGCGCAGGGCGACGGGGCUGCGAGUGACGCGACGACGGCUGUCGCGGUGGAGGCGCGUGCAGCAAGUGAGGGGGUCGCCGGCGACAAGGAGGAGGAGUCGGGAGAAGAGCAGGCGAGUGGUGCGGCGACUGAGGUGGCGACAGACACGUCUGAUGCGGCGCCAGUCACGGCGGCCGAGGCGGUGAGCUCAGCGGAAGGCGAGGAGGCGGAGGUGAGAGAGGGUGGGGUGAGUGAAAGUGGGGAGGCCGAAAGUGCGGCGAGGGAGGGCGGGGUCAUGGAGAUGGGCGAGAGCGCUGAUGCCCGUGCGGGCACGGGCGAGGUCGCAGGGCGUGUGGGGCAUGAGAAGAGUGCAAUAGCGGGGGAUGUGGAUAUCGGGGUAGUUCAUAGCGAGGAGACGGAGGGACUUGCGGGGAUUGAUGGGGAUGAGAAGAGUGGGGAGGCGGAGAGAGAGAGGAGCAAGGAGGCAGAAGAGGCAGAGGGAGGGGAGGUGACGCGUGGGGAGGUAGCGGGGGAAAUGGCGGUGACUGAGGGCGAUGCGAAUGGGGAGAAGGAAGGGGGGGAGGCGGGUUCAGGUGAGGGGGUGGCGGGGGAGGGCGUGAGCGAGGGGGGAGGAGGGAACGGCGCGCUGUGCGAGGGGGCAGAGAGCGGAGAGGCCGAGGCAGCCGGCGACAAGGGUGAAGCUCUGGAGGCGGAAGGGGCGGAAGGCGCAGACGGAAGAGUGGCGGCAAGCGGGGAGAUUGCAGAAGAGGCGGAAGGGGCGGAAGAUGCAAAGAUCAGCGCAGCAGAGGGCGAGUGCCGCGCAGAGCGGAUGGAUGACGAUGGGGGGCAGGGAGAGGCGAGCGGCGCUGUGGAGGAGAGAGCUGAGGCGCAGCAGGCGCAGGAGGCGGAGGAGGCGGAGGAGGCGGAGGAGGCGGAUGUUGGCAGCGCGGCGAGCGAGGGGUCGGUGGAGGAGUUGCGGCUGCUGGCGGACGUGCUGGCGCUCAUGGACUCGGACGACUCGGGGUCCUCUCAUGGCUCCAAUCGCUCCUCGGCUGCCUCCUCCGAUGGCGACUCUGCAUCGGACGGUCCCGCGCCUCUUGCUGAUGUGGCGAAACACGAGGAUGGUGAGCCCGCUGGAGCCGCGGCGCAGGUGAAUGCUCAGGUGGAAGAAGCAAUGAAAGUACACGUGGCGACGAUCGAAGCGAAGGCUGCCGCCACCAUUGCCGCUGCCGUUGAGAGCCGCGUCGCUGCCGGUUUGAAGGAGCUGACCGCUGAGCUGGAAGCCAAGCUGGCCGGGCAGCUGGAAGAACGCGUAGCAGCCCGGAUUGAAGAAAAGAUGAACGCACGCAUGGAAGAGCGGCUGGCUGCUGACGUGGCGACGCAGGUUUCGGUGCGACUGGCGGAGAUGGAGGCGGAAUGGAAGGAACGGGCAGCUGGGGGAGGGUGGCAGGGGGGAGCGGAGCACCAGCACGCGCAGGGGCAGGCGCAAGGCGCGGGGAAGGUUCCCGCGCAGGGGCAGCAGGGGCAGGCGGGAUGGCAGAAGUGGAUGCUGUGGGGCGCGCGGGAGGACGACAUGCGUAAGCAGGCGGACGAGGAGCGGCGGAAGGAGAUGGCGCGCGUGAGGGAGCAGCUGGAGGAGCAGUGGGGCGCGGAGAUCCACAAGCUGCAGGCGCUCAUGCAGGCGGAACGCGCCAUCUCCGCGGAGCGCCUGCAGGCGCUGGAGCGGCGCUGGCAGCGCAGGGAGGCGGAGCUGGCGGAGGAGAUCCGCGCGGUGCAGGAGGUGGCGGUGAUGAAGGUGGCGGCGGUGGAGGAGCGGUGGGGCGCGAAGGAGGCGGGGAUGCUGCAGGCGAUGGCGGAGGAGAUGCAGCGCCAGGUGGCGGAGCUGAAGGCGGAGCAGGCGGGGUGGGUGGGGCGCGUGGAGGACAUGCGCUUCCGCGUGUCCGCGGAGCUCAAGCAGGCGGAGGGGAAACUGCAGGCGGCGCAGGAGGCGUGGGCGGGGCGGCUGGCGGAGAUGCAGGCGCAGGCGGACGCGGGGCGGCUGGCGGACGUGGGGAGAUUGGUGGAAAUCGAGCGCGAGUGGGAGGGGAAGCUGGCGGAAGUGCGGAAGCACGUGGAGGAGGAGAGGCGGAGGGGUGUAAAGCGGUGCAAAGUGGUGGAGGAAGCUGUAGGCAAGAAGAUGGAGGAGAGCCGGCGGGCGGCAGAAGAGGAGCUGGGGAAGGCGCUGCAGGGGGAGGCGGAUGCGCGCAAGGCGCAGGCGGAAGCCGCGUCCGCGCGGGUCGCGGAGAUCGCCGCGCAAGUGGAGGAAUCCGCGCGGCAGGCGGAGGAGGAGCGCAAGCGGAACCUGAAGCGCGCGGCGAAGAUUCUCAAGGAUUGCACGGGGAAGGCGGAGGCGGUGGAGCAGCGGGUGGCGGAGGCGGAGAAGCGCCUGGACGCGGAGCGCAAGGCGCAGCGCGAGGCGGUUGCGCGAAUCCACGCGCAGCUGGAGAUGAUGGAGGUGGCGUGGGGGAAGCGCGUGGAGCAGACGAAGGCGGAGGUGGCGGAGAUGCAGGCGGAGGCGCGCGCGCAGAGGCGGCGGGACGAGGAGGCGCUGGGCGCGGUGAAGGCGGAGUGGGCGGAGUGGGCGGGGGAGCUGCAGACGCAGACGCAGGCGGCGCUGGGGGACGACGCGAAGAAGCUGGAGCUGCUGGACGAGGUGGUCCUGCUGCUCUUUUCCUCCCACGUCCGCGCCCAGCUCUCCUCCCUGCGCCAGCGCCUUGACGACACCACACAGACGCAUGCAGACAAACUGCGCCACCUCGAGGACCACAUCGCCGCCCGCCUCGACGCCACACGCAAGCGGCUGGACGAGGAGCGGCGGGCGGAGGGCGAGCAGCUGCAGCAGUGGGAGCGGCUGUGGGGGGUGGCGGCGGACAGCAAGUGGGGGAGACGGUGGGGGAGAGACACUGGAGGGAGGCAGAGCGGUUGAGAGAGGUGCAGGAGCAGUGGGUAGGGCGUGUGGGGGCGCUGAGGAAGCGAGAGGAGGAGGAGAGGCAGGGCGUUGGGGAGAGGCUGAGGAAACUGGAGGAGCGGC